AUGAUACCUGCUUGUUUUAAUAUUCCUCAUAAUUCUGAGGAUUUAAAAACAAAUACUUCUUCUCCUCCUCCUUCACAAGUGCCUCAAAAUCUUGUUACAUGUAUUUACCAAGCUCAAAUUUGUGGCUCACCUGUUUAUCUUACACUCACUUGGUCCAAGAACCUGUUUUCACAUUCUUUGUUAGUUCAUGCACCUGAACUUUUCACCAUCACCAUUCCCCUCCACCAAUCAUCUUUCGCCAUAUUCAAGGCCCGGCCUGGAUCCAAAUCCGUCCACCCGGUCCAAUUACACGAUCGUAAGAAGAUGAAGAUUCAUUGGGACUUUACACUUGCCAAGUUCAAUCAAAACUCAGCAGAGCCUGAGGGGUGUUUUUACAUUGCAAUUACCUGCAAUGCAAGACUGGAGUUUUUCCUUGGUGAUAUGUUGACGGAAUUGACGGGCCGGGCCAGGCUUGUAUCGGGAUGUUGCUCCGGAGACCUGACUUUGUUGUCAAGGAGAGAACACGUGUUUGGACGGAGGAGUUAUACUACACGGGCUCGGAUUAUGGGGGUCAAACAUGAAUUUGUGAUAGAAUGUGAGGGUGGAGUGUUGAAAGUGAAAGUGGAUGGGAAAACAAAUCUUGUAGUGAAAAGACUUGGGUGGAAAUUUAGGGGCAACGAAAGAAUUUUAGUUGGUCAAGUGGAGGUAACCUUUUUUUGGGAUGUCUUCAAUUGGGUAAAUAAAAAAUGUGACAAUCAUAAAUUUGGGCAUGGACAUGGACAUGAACAUGGUGUUUUUGUGUUCCAAGUAGGUGAUGGUGGUGUUUGGCCUGAAAUGGGUGGUGCCGAGAAGAAAUUGAUGAGGAAAAGUUUGUCGGCAACAGCUGGGUCGAUGUCGACACCACUGUCGGUCUCUUUGUCGCCGUCGCCGUCGUGCUCUAGUGUGUUGCAAUGGGCAGAGGAGAACAGUGAAUGUGGGAGGAGUUCAUGGUCAUCUAUAAGGUCAAUUGGAAGUAGUGAGGGAUUUUCUUUGUUAUUGUAUGCAUGGAGGAAGGAUUGA